GGAUUUAGAUCGCCUGAACGUCAUCGGCGGAUCGUCUGUACAGAGACGAUAUCCCUGCUUGUAAGUGGCACUUACCACACGCGGCGUAGCUAUGAUCUGCCGGCUGCGAUCUCAUCUGUGUAAAAGUUGGGCAGGUACUCAAAGGGAACCCUCGCAUAUAGAAAGGCCUCGGCGCGACAAAGGCGUAUUCAGGUGGUAAUCGACGAAACACUGUGAUGCACUCUGGCGUGUGGAUAAAAUGCGUUUCUGGGGAUGGUCGACCCGUCAGGAGUAUGUCUGUCGUGAUCACUGGAAGCAGAGGUCUCUCACAAACAACCGACGCCUUAUGUGGUAGCUUGGCGUUCUGCCGGCCUUUCAGACGUUGAAGAGCAGCAAUAUGCACGCAGAAGCGAAUGCGAGUCCCAGCUGUGAUUCUCGACGGGACAACUCUGUUCGGAUAGUGACUCCUGUCGAAGGACUAACGGUCAAGACUGUCGAGGUUCACUCUGUUGUCUGGCAGAAACCGUCGAUGUAGAGACACCCGGUACGGCUUGGGUGGCCCCUCUCAGGUUCCCGCGACAGACAAUCGCCACAGUAUUUUUCUCUCGUUUUCAACGUUGCUUGUUCCGUUGCCGACAUCUUUUUUACGGGAAUCCCUCGCUUGAAUCGGCUGAACUUCUCUGGAGCAUCCGUCUUCUUGCUUCAACCAUUACGUGAACUCUUAGCUGACUCGCGUUUUGCCUGUGUGGCGCUGAUGAUGGCAGGACCUCGUCCACAGACGCGGGUACGACAAGCAGCGCAUCCGCGUGCUUCAUGCUGCAUGAACCGUGAACCUUUUCGUAAGUCAUUUCUUGGUCUUUGUUGUCGCUAAAGACUAUUUUUCUUCUUCAUGGUGUCAGGUCACCUGCGGUUCCCUGACUCGGCUUAUAUCAUCCUCAGCUCCAUCACCCGCCCCCGACCUCCGAUGCUCUGGCGAGUGCAGAGAUUUAGCGAAACUGAGUUUCUCGAAUGAACGGGAGACGGCGCAGCUAGAGAGCAACAGGCAGUUGUUUUUUUGAGGGAAACCAGAAAUGCCGAAAAAGGGGGCGAAUUCCUCCCUGCCGACUGCAGCGACGUCACUCGAUCGGAGCGGCAGAGAAAAGCGGCAUGUACAGCCACCCGACGAAGGAAGCCGUGCGUCAGCUGCUGCAGGAACUGCGAAUCCUCAGUCUGGAUUGCUUGCUGUGGCUGGCGAAGUCCAGGAUCGCGGAGCAGAGCCACGCUGGGCCUCUCGCGGUCGUCUGCCUCAAGGGCGCGAUGAGGCUCGUUCUCCUCCGCCUCCUUCACUUCCUACCAGCGUCCAGCCUACCCCCGCCAGCGAAGAGGGUCAGAGUGGUUGUACGAGAGGUUCGCUCGCUCCUCAAUUAGGUCAAAAUUUUUCUGUUUCGCCAGCAGCAGUCGACGCCACACCUGACAAGGCAGCCGACAGCGCAGCCACUGUGCCAGCAUCAGCGCGUUUGCCUUCUCCCUCAUCCUCAGAGACAGCUUCUGCUCUGCGCGGGCACUGGCACAAAUCGCACAUUCCACGAUUUUCGGAACAACGAACCAAUCACCCCGCAGGAUCUUCUCCCCCCUCAGGAUCUUCUCCCCCCUCAGUUUCUCCUUCUUUAGCUCAUGUCCCGUCACCUUCUCCACCUUCAGUGUCUGUGGAACUUCAGAGCCCGCGUGAGGCAUCUGCGGAGUCCGGACUUGCAGAGGAGUUUCGCUGUCGGAUGUCGAGCGUCUCUGACAGCAUGGGGGGUGCGCGGGUGGCUUCUUCAGGCCCUCCGGUUGGCGAGACAUUUGGAGCUUCCAGUCCGUUCACUGCGGAUGGCGAGGCGCGCUGGUUCUCUGAGCCGAGCUCUCGAAGACGGCGCAACCGAACAAGCUUGACACUUCGCCUGCGCGCGUCAGGGCACAGUGCUCAAGGGCGGGGCUGCGGAGGAGCAAGGUCUUCUCGUGGCGGGAGACCUGGGAGUCGCAGCCGAGGUUUCUCGAAUUCUCUGGGGGGGGUACGCAUGCCGUUGGUUCGCGGAACUGAAGGAAGGCGAACCGUGGCUGCAGGGAAGUCCGUCGUGAAGCACAACGCAUCGAAGGCUCUGCAGGCCCUGCAAGCGGUGCAAGCAGAGAUCGACCGCGGCGAACAGCUGCAGAGCAUGUUGGGAAUCCAAAAGUACACGGAGGAGAAGAAGCUGAAGGAACUGGCUGCUCUGGAGCAGACUGAAGACUACGCGGAACAGCUGACUUGCGACUUGAAGCUCCUCAGAUACUACACUAACACAGAGGCGGAAAUCGAGCUGCGCGACAGACGGGCACGGGCGUUCGUCUACACCCCGCUCGCGCAGAUCUUCAUGGCCGUGAUUAUCAUACUCAAUGUUAUCUUUCUUGGCGUCUCCACUCUCGAAGUUUAUUCCCGCGAAUAUGUCUGGGAUGACAAUCGAAAACUGGACAACGAUAUCUUAAACUCCUUUGUCGCUCUCCUCAAGCUUUCUUCCUUAUCUUCAUCUAUGGGUUCGCUGUCUUCUUCACCACCGCCUUCGGCUACCGUACCUAGAGUAACAACAACCGCCGAGGUCAAGGAAUACUGGGGCGACCUUUUUAGUUCAAUGUACUCGCUGUUCCUCAUUCUUACGAUGACCAACUGGGAUGUGAUCGCUGAGCGCACGUCUGUGUACUUCAGCUGGGCGAAGGUAGCCAUCAUUCUGUACACCGUCUUCUCCUACUUCGUUCUCUUCAACGUAGUGACGGCCGUUAUCGUGGAAGCCUUUUCAACGACGGCUGGUCGCUUGGAGGAAGAGGCCUCUCACUUUUCCAUGUUCACGGAUUUCCGAGUGAAUGAGCAGUGUUUUAAAAGUGCCAUGGGAGGCGCACACCUUCUGCGAAGUCGUCGCGAGGAGUCAUUGCGCCAGAGAUCCAGGGAAUAUCUCGAUUUCCGGAAAGACUUGCCUGCGGAUCUCCUCACGAAUGAGUCUGGAGGAACCAGGUGGCCGAGGCGUAGCGAGAGUAGCAUUUGGCGCCAGCAUGAGCCCGUUCGGCGUAGAUCCGUGGAACCCCAAAAAAGGUGCUCAAAGGAGUUCCGAGAGGCAAGGUGCGGAUGUCCCGAUACGGAGGAGGCGACUCGGGAAGAAGAAACGAAGCUGGGAAGUGCCGCUCCUAGUGUCAUGUCGCGACUCGCAGCACGCCUGUGGCGGAUGCGCCGUCGUGUGGGCUCCCUCAGAAGGGCUCUGAAGGUGCGAAGUCGAAGCUUGGAGCUGCUCGAAGAAGCCGCUCCUCACAGCUAUGAGGACGACAGCCUUCCACGGUGGUCCUCGUUUGGUGCGAGUGCAAGUGGCGUCGCUAAUCCAGACGGUGGCCGAGUGCCGGAGACCGAGAAUGAUGGGAGACUACACAGUAUCGAAGAAAUUUCGCAUGACGCGGAAUCGCCCUUGCCCGAGCCGCUUCUAACCUCGACAGCCGCACAACCACAGGCGCCAUCUCCUACAGCUGAGCCAUGUGCGAACCAGAGCGGGGAUGCGAGCGCGCCGGGCAGAGGGAUUGAAGUGGGAAGCGGGGAGGGACCUCCUUCGUGUUUGGCGUCGCAAUUCAACACAGCUUCUCGAGAGGACACUGCUCCAAGAGACUGCGGGGGGCAGCAGAGCGGCAACAGGUCGGAAUGCACAUGGGAGACAGCGAGCGUCGGAGACGACGGUCCAGGUGCGUGGCGAGCAAACAGAAUGCGUCGCCGCGUCAGACACACCGGGGAUGACUCUUCGUCUUACUCCGAGAGCAAAGUGCAGCGCGUCCCGAAUAAUCUGGACGAAGCUUUCGUCGACAUUGUCCCCGAAAGCCCUUACCUCGACCUCGUACGCAAUCAUCCUCUGCAGAUUCUCGGAGAAAGGCGGGUCCAACUGGCCAUGCGAUUUCAGGUUUUCUGACGUGUUGCAAGCGCGUCAGCGGGACUCCAACUGCUCGUCAGCUGUUCCUUCUCGAACUCGACCUCGAACGAGCCCUUCGCCAUCUCGAUCACAAAACAUCGCGAAUGCUCUCUCUUCUAAAGUUAUUGGUCCGGCAGCAGGGUAUAUAUGGUUCCGAUAACAACGCUUUUCAGUUCUCUGCCACAACCACAAGAGAUACGAACGGUUGACAAUGUUCCUGUGAUAUGCAACGUAGGGGCGUGCUUGCAACUUACACAGUGAGAUUGCACGCGGACCUGUUGUGGCAAGGGUCACGCAGGCCAUUGCCGCUUACUGCCGCCCGAGUACCACAACAACGAUAUGUGGAGCUAGUAGAUGUUCUGAACGGAUACUAGGAGACGCUGCCGCCUGAAGUCUGCUUCCGCGUUUGUGAUCCAUAGGAUUUGCAGUGAUCAGAAGGUUACAUGCAACUGCAUGGGGAUUUGCCAAACGCGGAGCGGAUCGUUCAGAGAAUUUUGCUUCCGGCGGAAUGUUUCAUCACUGCCCAAUGGUAGGGCCCCGACGUUCAAGGGCAUGUGCUGUUCAGCUUGUCGAUACAGCAGAACUGGAUGGUAUUUGAACAACUGGAGUUUUUUUACAGAAUUCUUGUGGCGCAAGCUGCUCCGACAGGUGGGAUUGUUCCAUGUUCAUGUCAGGAACUAAAACAUCUCUAUCCAUAUUUCCGCACAAGUUGCGUGCUUGCGCACAAGUGUGUCGGCGUGUUCGUGCGCCAGAGAGGGCGUAUUGCUGAAAGCCGAGCACUCAGGACGCUGAUGCGAUGUGCCCAGGAUAACGGUGCCACCACUUUUUGUAGUGAUCAUGUUUUCCACUUGCCGGUCUUCUACUUCCCGAUGGAGACCGGUUUACAUACCGUAGCAGGCCACUUAGCCAGUAAUGUUUUCUGCAGUCAUAAGGCUUUCUUCGUAUUGGUACGGCGCGUAACCGACAACUUGGGAGACACCUGACUUUCUAUCAAAAAACAGGCUGGAGACCUUGCGUGUGACUCGCCUGUCGCACUCUGAGCAGUUGAAUCAAAUGGAAUUGCGCUUGUAAAGGAAGUCAUACGACACACGUGUUGGCAUGCAACACCUUUUCCUCGAAGGCGAAGUGAAUAACUAUAGGUCAAGACAAGGUGGUUUCGCCGCCGCUCUGGAAUGGUCACUGCCGUAUAAAUUUAACUGCGUUGUAGUUGUUUCGUAUGUAUUGUCUGCGUCCCCCGCUGGUUACGGCAUUAAGGGGGGGGGAACUUCAGUAUGUUGCGGCGUAUUGAAGUGCAGUGGAACCCAUUUAUGUCUUACGGGUAUGGCCGGUUGACGCAUUCACUAGUUAUAUUUGAGGAUCAACCCUUGGCAUUUCUGGGUAAGCAGAUGCGAAUUCAAGUACGUCUCCUGUGGUUUGUGACUCGUUGGAACUCGCAUAACGCCUCUGGCACAGUGGAAUCCUUGCCAGCAGCCACCGAUGAGUGUCGAGGCAACGACCAGACACCACAAAUAAUUAUUUUAGAAAAAUGGCUGCGUGUCCCACUUAUCAACUGACGCAUGGCGGAUCCCGAGCCCUGUCAAUGUUAGAAACACUGUCGCAGCGCAACUGGAUAUACCGCAGAGAUGGUUUCGCUGAUUCACUGUCGUGCAUCGCGACGUUAAGCCUUCGUGGUGGCGCAAGCUUAAUGUUUGCGUGAAAGAUAGACUAUUCGCGGUGGCUACAUGGUGAUGUCUAAAGUUGGAUGUUCAUUCAAUGUAAUUGGCUAGUUUUUGCAGGG